CUACGUCAGCGUGCUGACGUCAGGAGCCGGGUAAUCGCGGAGGUUCGGGGCGGCUGGCGGCCGGCGCUGGGCUGCGCCUUGCCCGCGGGGCUCGAUCCAGGGUCCCGCCCUGCAGAGCCCGCCCCUCUGCUCGCGAGGGCCCCCCCCACGGGAGGGCGCGACCACGGAGUUGUCCUCCCCGGGGCAGCCUGGGGCGGCAGGCCCGGACCCACCCAAGGAGGCCUCUUCUCUCUAGGGAUGGUGAACUUGGAAAAAGGCUCCUGUAACUCCCCUCCAGGAUGAACUCCCUGCCAGCAGACAUGGAGAAUGCUCUCACAGGGAGCCAGAGCUCCCGCGCUUCUCUGCGCGAUGUCCAUUCCAUCAACCCUACGCAGCUCAUGGCCAGGAUUGAGUCCUAUGAAGGAAGGGAAAAGAAAGGAAUAUCUGAUGUCAGGAGGACUUUCUGUUUGUUUGUCACCUUUGACCUCUUAUUUGUAACAUUACUGUGGAUAAUAGAGUUAAAUGUGAAUGGAGGCAUUGAGAACACGUUAGAGAAGGAGGUGGUGCAAUAUGAUUUCUACUCUUCUUAUUUUGAUAUAUUUCUUUUGGCAGUUUUUCGGUUCAAAGUGUUAAUACUCGCCUACGCUGUUUGCAGACUGCGCCAUUGGUGGGCAAUAGCAUUGACGACAGCAGUGACCAGUGCCUUUUUACUAGCAAAAGUGAUCCUCUCAAAGCUUUUCUCUCAAGGGGCUUUUGGUUAUGUGCUGCCCAUCAUUUCAUUCAUCCUUGCCUGGAUCGAGACGUGGUUUCUGGACUUCAAAGUGUUACCUCAAGAGGCAGAAGAAGAAAACAGACUCCUGAUAGUUCAGGAUGCUUCCGAGAGGGCGGCCCUUAUCCCCGGGUGUCUUUCCGAUGGCCAGUUCUAUUCUCCCCCCGAAUCAGAAGCAGGAUCUGAAGAAGCUGAAGAAAAGCAGGACAGUGAAAAGCCACUUUUAGAGCUCUGAGUCCUAAUUUUGUUAAAAAGGUAAGCAUAGUAGACAGAUUUCAGCAUCGGUGGGAAGCCAGCAUAGUGGCGGACAGGCUGGCCAGUGCAGGCCCUGCACCUGCAUCAGCAGCGCCCGUACUCCUUCUCUUCCUUGCACAACGGCGCUGAGACAACACGGAAAUGUGGGCAUAUAAGAGCCGAUCCUUUUCUACAGUGCUUAAAAAUAAGUUCCUGCAUGACCACACCCAUUGCUCUUUAAGUGUCUGUAACACAGCCAUCUUCGGCACAGACCUUGGUAUAAAAACAUAAGGCGAAGUGUAGCAUACUUCCUUUCAACAGAUCUCAAAUGUUUCUGUGUUCUUUUCUUUUCUAAGUUUGAAAAACCCUCACUGAAAAUCACCAGAGGCAAAAAGGACCAGAGAUGGGGUCUCUGCCUGGAAAGUUGAAAUGGUGGCAUCACUGAUGACGUGAUUGAUUGGCUAAUAAAGAGUUUAUUUAUCGUAAUACCUCACAAACACUGUAUCAUAUUCACAGACGUUCAGUAACCUGCCUGUGGCUGGUAAGAUAGUAAUGUCAUGAUCCAUCCUGUAUUCUUGAGAUUGAGCCUGACCUGUUGAUGAAUAGUUGCAGAAUGGUCUUAUACUGUAUUCCUAAUCAAAGGACUUCUUAAUGUAUCAGCAUAACACUUCUUUGGUAAGCAAAUACCUUUUUGUUUGGAUUCACAGAGUGGACUUGUUUUGUUUCAUGUCUCAGAUUUCUUUUUUUUAACACCCUACAUUUUCCUUGUCUUUUUUUUUUUUUUUUUUUUUUAACUCAUGCACAUGUGCUCUUUGUACAAUUUUAAAAGUAAUAAAAUCCAACAUAUCAAAAU